AUGGCAGCUCGUCAGCUUUUGAACACCUUCUGCCUGCUUGCAGCAUACUGUGCAUGUGCAUCACUUGGCACCAGUCUCUCCGUCCACUCUAGGCUGGGCGAUGGCCACCAGCAUCAACACCGAUCACUCCUAGCUUCCGCACAGGAGGUUUCGUCGCCUGACGUCCCGCUCAAUGGUGCCUGCGCGGCGGACAUUGUGCAGCACUGCAGGCACCUGCUGACCGAGGAAGCCAAAGCUUCGGCCAGCUCAACGACGGACGCUGUACAAACAGCAGCAACAGCGGUCGCGAUCGAUGCCGCCGCAUCCAAUCCGGCUGUAAAGUCUCAGGAUUCUGCUGGUACAGUGCAGGACGCUGCCGGCAAUGCUGAUGCCGCUGCCGCCGCGACGCAGCAGGCAACAGCAACCGCAGCGGCAGAUGCCGGCGGCGCCACGGACGGUUCCACAGCCUCUAAUGCAAGCAGGGUUGUGGCUACAGAUGACGUAUCUGGGUCAGUUACCGCCGGGGGGGGUGCCAUGGAAGCGGAUGCGGCCGGCGGCAGCUCCACCGCUGUGGCGGCUUCCACAGCUGCGGCCACCCAGCAGCAGCAGCAGCAACAGCAAGGGACCCAGCAUAGGCGGCGCCACCUCAUGGCGGCAACCCAGGCCGGGGGCCCCACGGUGUCGGGAUCAUCCGCCGUUGCUGCGGAGCUCAACGCCGCAAUGGCACACAGCGAUGACCUGGGUCGCGCGAUGCAGCUGCUGGGGCUGCGAAGCGAGCUGGACACGCGUGCCAUGGCGUCGGCCUCGGCGCCCCUCGCCCGGUACGGCUCCGUAAGGCCGCCCCCAGGCCGCAUCACUUGCUGCCCGGGGACACCCUUCAGCACGCGGUGUCUGCUCUCGGCCAUGCAUGCCAGCCAGAUGUCCAUCAGCCCCAACAUACCCAUCGUGUCGGACGGGUGUAAGGCGGAGGUCCGGUCCCUGCUGGUCCAGCGAGCCAGCGAGCUGCGGUACGACCCGCCUCUGCUGGCGGCGUGUGCACACGACAUCGUGGCGCGAUGCGGGGACGUGGGGCCGGAGUCCGUGGCGGUGGUCAGGUGUCUCAAGGCCUCCAAGCCGCAGCUGCUGCCGCUGUGCCGCGCCGCGGUCACUGCCCGCCAGGCCGCAGCUGCGGAGGACCUCAGCCUGGACCCGGAGCUGCAGCGGAGUUGCGGGGCGGAGCGGGAGAAGCUGUGUCUGGAGGCGGGCUGGGGCGAGGGCGCGGCCCAGGCUUGCCUCCUGGGUCACCUCCGCGGCUCCCUCCCCCAGGUGUUCUCACGCGUCAUAUUCCCCGUUGAGGGCGGCGGCGGUAGCGGGGCCAGUGCGACUGCUGCCGCCACCCCGUCGUCCUCCUCUUCCUCGUCCGCGGUGGAGCUGUCCGCCAACUGCUCGGCGGCACUUGUUCGGCGGCUAAUGGAGGAGGGGGAGGAUGACUGCACUGAGGCGCUUGGGGAGGUACGACAGCUGCGCUCCCUGGACGUACGACUGGACCAUACCUUUGUGUCCAGUUGCUCGGGGGAUGUACGGAGUCUGUGUGAUGAGGAGGUAGCUGAACAGCUCGAGUCGGGGCCGGAGGUGGUGCCGUUCGGGCUGUCUGCGCCGUUCGAGUGCCUGCGGGGCAGGCUGGAGCUGGUGCGAGAUGCAACCUGCAGGAGACAUAUGUACGAGAGCCUGGUGGAUGCCUACACUGACAACCGUCUGGAUGCGGGCCUUAUGCGGGGUUGCCACCAGGAGGUGGCGCUGCUGUGCUCCCAGCACCCGCCUCGUGCACUGGAGUGCCUGCAGGAGAGGAUGGACAAGUUCAGUCGCGAGGACUCCCCCGCGGUGCUCAAGGUGGUGGUGGUGGUGGGGGGCAAGAUUUCGGAGGCGUGUAUGGCGGUGGUCCUCGACCGGCGCACCCAGGCCGCCACCGACGUGGCCUUCAUCCCCGACCUCAUGGAGGCGUGUGCCCGGGAGCACGCCACCAUGUGCUCGGCACCGGGAAUGGAGGGUAUUCGCGCCCUGGACUGCCUUGCCGACCGCCGCACCUCCCCCGGCUUCUCCGAGCGCUGCGGCCUGGCCCUGCGGGAGUACCUGACCGAGGCGACCAGGGACAUCCGCACCAUGGCGGGACUCCGGGAGGACUGCGGGGAGGAGAUCAGCACCUUGUGCAGUGGUGUGCAGCCCGGGGAGGGCCGAGUGGUGUCCUGCCUUCGCGACCAGCGGGCUAACAUCAGCAGUGAGGCGUGUCGGGGCCAGGUGAUGAGGCUGAUGGGCUUCAUGGUGGAGGACCACAGGAUGGAUGUAAAGCUGAUGCAGGCGUGUACCAGUGACGUACAGAAGUACUGCGGCGGCUUGGAGGCCGGAGGUGGUCAGGUCCACGACUGCCUCCGGCGCUCCGCCGAACACCUCUCCCCGGAGUGCCGGGAGGCCGAGGAGGAGGUGGAGAGGAUGGAACACGAGGAUGUGCGGCUGAACCCAAAACUUAUGAGGGAGUGCCCUCUGGCCAUCAGCAGCUUCUGUUCCGACGUUCCCCCCGGAGACGCCCGAGUCAUCAGCUGCCUGCAGGGGAACAUGGACAAGGGCCACUUCCCCGCAGGCUGCAGGCUGGCGCUCAGACAGCUCACGGACAGGGCCGCAGUCAAGUAUUCGCUCAACUACAGGUUGAGCCAGGAGUGCGAGGAGGACACUCAGCGGCUGUGUCCCGAAGCGGUUGAUGAGUUGGGCUCGUCCCGUCAGUCGGUUACUGGUACGGGCGGGGCCCACCGCGAGGAGACCACUCUGGGCUGUCUGGCCAGGCAGUCCGCGCAGCUGGCACCGGGAUGCAGAUCGGAGCUGCAGUGCGACGGAGAUGUGAUGCAGAAGUGCCAGGUGGACCGGGUGGCGGCUCCCUUCCUGCAGAGCGGCUACGUGCUCAGCUGCCUGGCUAAACACGCCGCCCACCUGCACAAGCCCUGCUGGGAGCUGGUGUCGACGAUGGACGAGGGGCAGUUCAAACGUGCCGCAGCCGCGGAGACCACCGCCUGGCAGCAGACCCAGACCCAGACCGGUUCGGGUGGGGCCGGGGCGGGGGGUCUCCUGCUGGAUGAGCGGCAGCUGGAACGGCUGGCAGCGGACCUCCGGCGGGAGCUGGAGCCUAGGAUUUACAGCAAUGUGCAUGAGCAGAUCAACCGCAAGGCGGUGGUGGUUGCUCGCAACGUGACGGGCGCGCUGGUGAUGUCCAUCGCCCCCCGGGUAAACGCACUGGUGCACACCACCACCUGGCUGCUGGGCCUUACGGUCAUAGGGCUGCUGGGGGGGCUGCUGGCCUGGCGCAAGUUCUUGUCGGUUAAGGGAGGGGGCGUGCUGGUGGUCCGGGAAGACGCUCCUGAUGAAAGGAGACUCGAAACGACGGGGGGGGGUCUUGGCGGUGGGGGGGGGAAAUGUCCGUCGGCCGACGAGAUCGGCGAGACGUGGCCUUUCUUAGGACUGGCAGGUCAGGCCAAGUCAGGCUGCAGUAAGGCAAUCGCAGAAGGCCAUUUACAACUUGUGCUGAAGUCUCCCAAGGGCCCGCCUCACCCCAGGCACUUCCCUGGCUGCGUUUCCAUUCGGGUCGCAUCCAAUGUCGUCAAAGCUUACCGCUCCGUCAACAAGCUGCCGGGUCUGACCAAGCUCAGCAACGUGGACAAGGAGACAGUUCUGCACCAUUUUAAUAAGUUGUUAGGUGGAGAGGUGGACGAGGAGGGAGAAGGGGAAGGAGGAGAUGAGGAAAAAACGCAUCAGGAUUAUCAUCAUCAUCAGCAGCAGCAGGAGUUGGAGAUGCAGGAAGAAGUUGAAAGGCGGAGGACCCGGCACGCGGCAGUAGCUGGCGCCGCAAGGCACCGUGGUAAGCCGAGUCGUGGGAGGCGCAACCGCACUGGGGGAGCCGCGGCCGGCAAGGCGGCAUCUGAGUUGUCCGAGCUCUCACAGCUGGCGACGUCGGAGGGGGCAACCCAGGAUGAGCAGGGGCAGGGGCAAGGGGCGGCAGAAGGGGUGGACGGAAAGGGCGAAGUGGUGAUGGGGCAUGGAGCCGAGCUGCAGCCCCAGCCGCAGGUUCCUGAACAGCAGCAGCAGAAGCAGGACCUGCAGGGUGAGCUGGAUGAGCACCGUCUGGAAGUGGAGGAGGGGGGAGCUACCCACGCGACCGGGGAGCAGCAUCUGGGCGAGGCGGCGGCUGCCGAGUCUGGUGGACCCGUCAACCUGGCGGAGGGCGGCCGGCGUUGGAGCAAUCGAGGGGAGGAGCAGCAAGAGCAAGAGCAGUUGGGGGGGCAGGAAGGUCAAGCGAAUGAGCCGGCGCCGCCGCCAAAGCUAGGGGCGCAGGGAACGGUGGCACCGGCCCAGGCUGUGCGCGAAGAGGCGGUAAAAGAGAAGGCGACCGAACAGGGCCAGCCGGAGGAGACCAAGGCGUCUUCGGAGAUGAAGCGGGGGCUCAAGCGCCUUCACAGCGCGACGGCCGGGGAGAUGGUGGAUGGCAUGCAGGCCAAGCGGCGAAGAGUGGACGCCCAUGGCAAUGAGAAAGAUGGCGGCAUGGUGGUGGAGAUGGUGAUUGAGGAGGACGUCCCAAUGGAGGAGUGGGAGGAGGCGGGAGAUCUGGAGGUGGGCGGAGGUGCCGAUGCUUUGUUGACCAGGAGCUUCUCGUUGAUAAACUUCCCGGUGCGCGAAAGAGUAGGCGACUGGACCCUGGAACGUCGAAGAGACGUGCAGUUCGGGGGCCUGGAGGGGAUGGAUGAGUCUGGCCAAGCCCAGUCCAUGAGGGGAGCUAAGGCCCUGAGUUAA